CACUCUUACAAUAAUAAUGUCUAACUCUUUCCACAAAUUUCAGAAGACUUGUGUUAGUGAAAGAUUCACUCUUCAGAAACAAUUGCAAGUAACCUAAAAGCUUCUUUGAGAUUUCUACAAUGGUGUCUGAGACUUCAGCCACUGUUAUUGAAAAGGUCAACAAUUCACAAGAUUUAUCAAGAAAAAGGUCUUGUUCCAAUAAACAGAAACAAGAAAAAAUCCCUAAGAGAAUUCGCAAGGCUGAAAGAGAGAAAGAGAAGCGUGGACAGUUGAAUGAACUCUUUCUUGGUCUUGCUGAUACACUCGAUCUUAAAGAACAGAACAAUGGAAAAGCUUCUAUCUUGAGGGAAUCCAUCAGAUUGCUGAAAGAGUUGUUCAGUCAGAUCGAGUCCUUGAAAAAGGACAGUGCAUCUCUGUUGUCAGAGACUCACUAUGUGACUAUGGAGAAAAAUGAGAUGGAGGAGGAGAAUUGUGUUCUGAAAACUGAAAUUGAGAAACUUGCCGGUGAAAUAAAAGCAAGAGUAGCCCAAUGUGGAGCUAACCUGAUGAAUCCAUUUCCACAACCAGAAAAGAUUGCAGAGUUUUCAGGGGAGAAUCUGCAAUUGUCGAGCACAGAAGCUGCAGUAGUGCAGCAAGGACAUGCAGUUUUGGUUGUCCCCAUGACUGCUCAUCAUGGUCCUCAUAAUGUUGGUGACCAGACACCAAAACCAACCUCGACUAUCACAAAACCACAUCCUAGGUAUCCUACUCCAACGGAUUCAUGGCCACUGCAGUUGCUUUCAGAGCAACCAACUUCAAAUUAGAAUAUGCAGUUGUGUAGAGUUGUGGAAAUGGACCCUCUGAUAUCAUCAUUUUCAAAUCUUUGUCUUGGACAUCACAUGUGGAAAUUGAAAUGUUCUCAGGAGCUUUUUGUAUAUUCUCUCUACCUGGAGAAAUUUGGAUUAGGGUCAGAGAAAUUGUGAUGAAGUAGUCCAGAUUCUCUCUUGUUUCAUUCGCACUGUUUAUUUGUUUAUUUCUUAUAUAUUUAACAUGCACCGAUUUUGAUA